GAUUUCAUAUCAAGGUCUUACGCUUCACUCGCUAAUCGCCAUUAUUAUUCAUCCUUCCGCUCUGGAUCUCUCUCUCUCUCCCUCUCCCUCUCUUUACAAAAAAUUUCGAUUUGCUGAUUUGAUUUGAUCAAAUUCAAAUCUACGGAUUGAUUCGGGAUCGUCGCCGGGAGGGGAGUAUGGCAUCGUCGGCGAUGGCUUCAGGAAAGGUAGAGAAGGGGCACCAGCUCUACAGGGACGGCAAGUACAAGGAGGCGCUUCUCUUCUACACGGAGGCUCUCACCGCUGCUAAGGCGAAGCCGCAGAAGAUCGCUCUUCAUAGCAACCGCGCCGCUUGUUAUCUGAAAUUGCACGAUUUCAAAAAGGCAGCAGAAGAAUGCACGUGGGUGCUCGAGCUUGAUCAGAAACACAGCGGAGCAUUGAUGCUGAGGGCGCAGACAUUAGUCACCCUUAAAGACUAUCAUUCUGCUCUUUUUGAUGUCAGCAGACUCUUGGAGUUGAAUCCUGAUUCCGAGGUUUAUCACAACCUCGACGCUCGCUUGAGGACCCAGUUGUCCCUUGCUCCAAUUCCUGAAUCCGAAGCAGAAUUGGAAGAAGAAGAAGAAGAAGAAGAAGACGAAGAAGAAGAAGAGGCAAGUAGAAGAGAUAAUAGGUUUGAGUCAGUAGUUGCAAUCAGAAGAGAUGUAGAAGCCGCAGGAGAAGAUCAUGCAACAAACAAGGGGGAAGUUGCUGCACCUAAAACACCAGAGGUUAGAGAAGAGAAAAGCAAGGUGGAAGAACAAGGGCCAUUGUCCGAUGGAUGGCAAGCCAUCCCUAAGCCCAAGGGUCAUUCAACGCUCGAUUACGCCCGUUGGGAUACAGUUGAAGACGAUUCCAGCGAAGAUGAUGGCGAUGAAGACAGCGACGACAGUGAUGAGUCUCCUCAGCCUCAGUACAGGUUCCGAGUCAGAACGGUCGGGGUGCGUCCUGUGAAGUGAAAAAGGUGUAGAAUAAGAACAUGGAUGGUUUCUUUCAUCAUCCUGCUUGAUAUUGUUGUUGCACACAAGAGAUGUGAAAAAAGGAGAGAAUAGACUAGUAGUCUAUAGUCGUCGCCUGUUGUGUAAAUUAAUGGCCUCAAGCUUUGAGUCUAUUAUAUACAGAGAGGAGGACCAUUGUCAAAUUCAAAUGGUGCCUUCUUCUCCUUGUCGAUGCAAUUCAAUAUAUAUAUACACACCCACAAUUGGUGUUUUGUUGUUA